AUGGCGCUCAAAUCUGGUGUAUUCGCUUGCCUCAUCCUUGCAUUGUGCGUGAGCUGCAACAACGUCAUGGCAGAGGAGAACUCCGGCAAGGAGACUGAGAAGAGCGGCAUCAUCAUCGGCCGCGGCCUCCCAAGUGAGACUGAGAAGAGUGGAGCGCCCUUCCUCCCUCGGUCGGAGAACCUCGAGGAGACUGAGAAGAGCGGCAUCAUCAUCGGCCGCGGCCUCCCAAGUGAGACUGAGAAGAGUGGAGCGCCCUUCCUCCCUCGGUCGGAGAACCUCGAGGAGACUGAGAAGAGCGGUGACAUCAUCAUCCGCGGCCUCCCAAGUGAGACUGAGAAGAGUGGAGCGCCCUUCCUCCCUCGGUCGGAGAACCUCGAGGAGACUGAGAAGAGCGGCAUCAUCAUCGGCCGCGGCCUCCCAAGUGAGACUGAGAAGAGUGGAGCGCCCUUCCUCCCUCGGUCGGAGAACCUCGAGGAGACUGAGAAGAGCGGCAUCAUCAUCGGCCGCGGCCUCCCAAGUGAGACUGAGAAGAGUGGAGCGCCCUUCCUCCCUCGGUCGGAGAACCUCGAGGAGACUGAGAAGAGCGGCAUCAUCAUCGGCCGCGGCCUCCCAAGUGAGACUGAGAAGAGUGGAGCGCCCUUCCUCCCUCGGUCGGAGAACCUCGAGGAGACUGAGAAGAGCGGCAUCAUCAUCGGCCGCGGCCUCCCAAGUGAGACUGAGAAGAGUGGAGCGCCCUUCCUCCCUCGGUCGGAGAACCUCGAGGAGACUGAGAAGAGCGGUGACAUCAUCAUCCGCGGCCUCCCAAGUGAGACUGAGAAGAGUGGAGCGCCCUUCCUCCCUCGGUCGGAGAACCUCGAGGAGACUGAGAAGAGCGGCAUCAUCAUCGGCCGCGGCCUCCCAAGUGAGACUGAGAAGAGUGGAGCGCCCUUCCUCCCUCGGUCGGAGAACCUCGAGGAGACUGAGAAGAGCGGCAUCAUCAUCGGCCGCGGCCUCCCAAGUGAGACUGAGAAGAGUGGAGCGCCCUUCCUCCCUCGGUCGGAGAACCUCGAGGAGACUGAGAAGCGAGUCUUCCCAUGA